AUGGUGCGCGUGCCCGGAUCUUCUGAGGCCUCUGGAUUUCACCGUGAGUCCACUGGCGAAGAUGUCAAGAUUAAGCAAGAACCUGGGAUUGAAGUGUCAGCGACAAAGGGAUCGACGCAGACACGCAGAAGCACAAGAUCCUCAGAUCAUCAGAGUUUUGGGAGGGGCUCUGAUGAAAUGAAAAUGAAAGAGGAAGAUCGAGAGAUCGAUCUGGAAGAUAAACCUCAAUUCCUCCUAGGGUCCCUUCGGGGCCACCGCAGAUCGCUCUGCAAAGAGCGAUCUGCUGGAUGA